AGUGUGUGGACACACUGGAGAAAUUUUCAUGCUAGUUAGCUGUGAAAAGUAUUUUGCGGAAAUAGAUUUGAAAAAUUCAAUAUUUCGAAGCUAUUUCGGCGCUACUAUCCAUCGUUUGUGGCAUACUCAGGAGCAGCGAAACAAUAUAAAACAGAAAAAUGGCCGAUGUCAUGAAUAUCGACAGCAUAAUAUCACGUCUUCUCGAGGUGCGUGGGGCACGGCCAGGCAAAAACGUUCAGCUCUCUGAGGGCGAAAUUCGUGGGCUCUGCCUCAAGUCGCGCGAGAUAUUCCUCUCGCAGCCCAUUCUGUUGGAGUUGGAAGCCCCGUUGAAGAUUUGCGGCGACAUUCACGGUCAAUACUACGACUUGCUGCGACUUUUUGAGUACGGUGGCUUUCCACCGGAGUCAAAUUACUUGUUUUUGGGCGACUACGUUGACCGUGGCAAACAAUCGCUGGAAACCAUCUGUCUGCUCCUGGCCUACAAGAUCAAAUAUUCGGAGAACUUCUUCUUGCUGCGCGGCAACCAUGAGUGCGCCAGCAUAAACCGCAUCUAUGGAUUCUACGAUGAGUGCAAGCGCCGCUACAGCAUCAAGCUUUGGAAGACGUUUACGGACUGCUUCAAUUGUCUUCCCGUGGCGGCCAUUGUUGACGAGAAGAUAUUCUGUUGCCAUGGCGGUCUGAGUCCGGAUUUGACUUCGAUGGAGCAAAUCCGACGCAUUAUGCGCCCCACUGAUGUCCCGGAUCAAGGUCUGUUGUGCGAUCUGCUGUGGUCCGAUCCGGACAAGGACACCAUGGGCUGGGGAGAGAACGAUCGCGGCGUGAGCUUCACAUUCGGAGCCGAAGUGGUGGCUAAAUUCUUGCAGAAGCACGAGUUCGAUCUCAUCUGCCGUGCCCAUCAGGUGGUCGAGGAUGGCUACGAGUUCUUUGCGAAGAGGCAGCUGGUCACCCUGUUCUCGGCACCCAACUACUGCGGAGAAUUCGACAAUGCUGGCGCCAUGAUGUCCGUGGACGACACACUGAUGUGCUCGUUCCAGAUCUUGAAGCCGGCAGACAAACGUAAAAAGUAAUAUCUUUUAAACCCAACAAGUCCAUUUCUAUAUAAAAAACAUAAGAAACAACCCAAGAGAAAAUAAAAAUGCAAGAAAUCACAUCGGAUCGUGGAUUGAACGUAUGUAUCAGGCCAAGUCGAAUUCUACAAACAACAACUACAUACCAACACAGCAACAGAAGGAAGAGUGCCUCCUAGCAUCGAACACACACACAAUCCAGUCCAGUACAAUCCGACGGCCCAAUGACCUGGACAGACGUCAAAUGGAGUUUUAAUCAAUUGAGAUUUGAUUCAAAUUACAACACAAAAACAUUUGACAAACACACCAUAGUUAAAAACAAACAUAUUUAUUUUUAAAAUCCAAUCCCAUAUACAUAUAUAGGGCAUAUGCAUAUGUUUUUUUGGCUUGACACUAGGUAAACAGGUCCGAAGUGCAGGAGGAGGAGGAGAGCACCCGGCAGAAAUACGAACAUAUUUCACAUAGACAUACAAACAAAGCGGCUGGAAUUCAGUGCGUCAAAAAAGCAUAUACAUAGAAGAGAGGGGCCCUGUAAAGCUCUUUGGCCUUAAAACAUUAAACAAAUGAAGAAACAAAUUAAAAACAAAGGGAAAAUGAUAAAAAAGAGAAGAACGCUUGCCAAGAAAGUGAAACGAAAACACUUAGUUUUGACCUUCAAAUUGAAACAGUAGAAAAUCAGUUUUUUUUUUCGUCCACCCCUGCAGCUUGAUGAAAUGAUAAGGGACGCCGCGCCACCAUACACAUGCACCCGACGUCAAUACAAAAUCAAUGAACAUUUUUUUUCAUCUAUUUCCUUAUUCCCCCGUACUUGGUGCAGCAGAGCAGCGCGACCCACAAGCCACACAAAAAAUACGUGUAGAAUUUUUCGUUUAUCAUUCUCUUAUCAUUUUUAAGAUGUGUUUUUAUAAAAUUUAACUAUUAAUAUGUAUUAUCAAUAAUCCUUUGUAUUAAUAAACAAAUGAUAUAAAACCUG